CCUAGUUUUGCGUAUUUGUGUUUCAAAACCUUUUUUUCCCCUUCCAAAUCCUGAAAAUCGCUUCUCAAUCGGUAAUUAUUAAGUGUGUGAAGAUCAAAAAGCGAAACACUCCAAAAUCGCUUCUUAGUGAUAACCGCUUCUCAGUAACAAUCCAAACAUCGCUUUCUUGACUGAUUCCUUCUUUUCACAGCAAUAUCGAUGGAAAGUGUUUGUCUCAAGUGUGGCGAUGUAGGUUUUAUCGAGGCGAUAGUUUUUUGUAACAAGUGUGAGGCUUGUGCUCUUCACAGGUACUGUUUAGAUGGACCUGUGGUUUUUACUGAUGAGGUUAUAUGGUUUUGUGAGGAUUGUGAACCAAAGAAAAUAUCUCUAAAAACUAAAUCUGCAAGUUUGGCCAAUAACGCACUCCAACCCCGAAGAAAACUGAAACAUUGUGUAAAGAGACUGACGGUAAGAAAUCAACAGCACAAAAAGAUUAAAGAGAAGCAGAAAAAUGGAAAAGUUAACUCUCGCGUACAUAAUAUCCGCUAUGAACAAGAAACUGAAUCUGAAAAUGAGUGUGAACCAGUUCCAUCAAAUGCACCAAAUACCAAUGUUGUUCCUAAAUCUGUUCUAAUCUCUCAAGUAACUGCCACUGAUGAUUUAAUUACAUUAGAAGUUCAUGUUGAAGCACAGCCGAUUGCUGAACCAAUGUGGAGGGGAAAUUUGCUCUUCUGUGAUAAAAGUAAAACUAUCGGUACUGUCAAUGGACUUCUGGCCCAUUUGUCCAGUUUAGCAUCCCCCAAAGUUCUGGAGGAGGCUGAUCUUUUCCCAGAAGUGCUUUCCGCGGAUUUGCUUCCCAGAUCUGCGGUGUGGCCUAAUAGCUUCAAGAAGGAAGGACCAACUGAUAGGAGCAUUGCUCUUUAUUUCUUUCCUGUGAAUGAAAGAUCAUCUAUAAAUGUCUUUGACAUGCUGGUUGAUGAUAUCAUUCGGACUGAUGAUGCCAUAAGAGUUGUGACCGAAAAUGCAGUGCUUUUAAUUUUUCCUUCCACCUUGCUUCCAACCCAACAUCAGAGGUUUCAUUCCAAGCAUUACUUGUGGGGUGUCUUCAAGAAAAAGUAAACUUCACUCAAGACAAACAAUGUUGUGUGCUUAUAGAAUGCUCAUGUUACGAAACUCUUGACCCGGCCUAACCAUAGUCAGUUUUGUAUUCUUGAAAGAUAAUAGUAGCUAUAGUUAUAUUCUAAGGUACAAGUCAUCAAUUACAUAUUUUCCUCUGCUAUAUCA